GACGUGUUCUGUCGUGCUUUAUAUACCGAUGAUAAGUGCGAUGAAAUUCCAAAACAUUUCUUUUCACACUUCAAGAACAAUAUGACUUCCAUCGCUCAACUUUACGGCCCGCCGGCGAUACACGCUGUUGAACCAACGUUAAACCCCUCCUCCACCACAAACACCACCGUCAGCAGCGACCCUAUCGUGCAAUCUCUGACUACUCAAGCCGCAGACUUCAAACUCACCGGAGAACCACGCAGGGGAAGAACGGAAAAUUUUUCUCCAACUUUUCUUUCAUCCGGCAAUGCCUGUUUGGACUUUUUCUUUCACGUGGUUCCUGAUACGCCGUCUGACCAGUUAACCAAACGGCUGGAAUUGGCUUGGGCACACGAUGCUUUAACCACUCUAAAAUUGAUUUGUAAUCUCAGGGGUGUAAGAGGGACGGGGAAAUCUGAUAAAGAAGGGUUUUACACGGCGGCAAUUUGGCUUUAUAGUAAUCAUCCCAAAACCCUUGCGUCUAAUCUUAAGUCUAUUGCUGAAUUUGGGUAUUUUAAGGAUUUCCCAGAGAUUCUUUACCGGAUCCUGGAAGGACCUGAAUUGAGAAAGAUCCAGAAAAAGGAAUUCAAGGAUAGAAAAAGAGGACGGAAAAGAUUUUCGAGGAAAAGUAAGCCUUCGAGAAGAUUCAAGCUAGAAAGUGAUGGAAAAGAAGAGAUUUCAGAUAAAGAAAUCGAUGGGAUUUUAGGAACUGUGGAGGAAAUGGGUAGUGGAAUUGACAAAGAGAAAGCUAGGAUUAUGAGGAAAGAGAGGGAGAAAGCAAAAGCGCAAAGGGCUUUAGAUAAGUAUAACUUUGAUUCUAACUAUCGGUUUUUGUUUGAUUGUGUUGCUGAAUUGUUCGCUGAGUACUUGAAAUCUGACAUUAAGAAUUUGAAUGACGGGAACUUGUUAAAGUUAAGUUUGGCUGCGAAAUGGUGUCCUUCGAUUGAUUCGUCUUAUGAUAAGGCUACUUUGAUAUGUGAGGGGAUUGGCCGGAGAGUUUUCCCGCGUGAGAGUGAGAAAGAGUACAAGGAAUUAGAGGAAGGGCAUUAUGCGUAUAGGGUAAGGGAUAGACUGAGGAAACAAGUGCUUGUUCCAUUGCAUAAGGCACUUGAGUUGCCGGAGGUUUACAUGAGUGCAAAUGCAUGGAACUUGCUUCCUUACAAUAGGGUUGCAUCUGUGGCAAUGAAGAAUUACAAGGAGUUGUUUGCAAAGCAUGAUAAUGAGAGGUUUCAAGAGUAUCUUGAGAAGGUGAAGACUGGGAAGGCGAAGAUUGCUGCAGGAGCGUUGCUUCCCCAUGAAAUCAUUGGGUCACUGAAUGAUAAAGAUGGUGGGGAGGUGGCCGAGCUACAGUGGUCUAGGAUGGUAGGAGAUCUUGGAAAGAAGGGGAAGUUGACAAAUUGUAUUGCAGUUUGUGAUGUUUCCGGGAGUAUGGAAGGGAUACCAAUGGAGGUUUCUGUGGCUCUUGGUCUGCUGGUUUCUGAGCUCAGUGAGGAGCCUUGGAAGGGAAAAGUGAUUACUUUUAGUGCAAAUCCAGAGCUUCACUUGAUUCAGGGAGAUACUCUCAAAGACAAGACUCAGUUUGUGAGGGAUAUGGACUGGGGUGCUAACACAGAUUUUCAGAAAGUCUUUGAUCAGAUAUUAUCAGUUGCAGUGGAAGGAAAGCUCAGUGAAGAUCAACUAGUAAAGAGGAUAUUUGUUUUCAGUGAUAUGGAAUUUGAUGCAGCCACUGGGAAUGGUAGCAAAUAUUGGGAGCAAAUGGAUAGUGGUAUUAACAGUGAUGAAGAUGCAGAGAAUGAUAAGAACAAUUGGGAGGAGUAUCAGAAGAAAAUGCAGGCGCGUUUGGAGGAGUGGAAGAAUAAUCGACAGGCCUUACUGCAGAAGGAGUGGGAGACGGAUUAUGAAGUUAUACAGAGGAAGUAUCGUGAGUCUGGGUACAGCAGGGUGCCGGAGAUUGUUUUUUGGAACUUGCGAAACUCAUCUUCAACUCCAGUGGUUGCUAUGCAGAAUGGAGUAGCACUGGUGAGUGGGUUUUCCAAGAAUCUACUGACUCUGUUCUUGGAGGAAGGUGGGAUUGUGAACCCUGAGCAGGUCAUGGGAUUAGCCAUAGCUGGUGAAGAAUACAAGAAACUUGUUGUUUAUGAUUGACAUGUAAAACUUUCUUGUAAGUUUUGCUCUGGGUUAUGAAAAUACUGGUGACAUCUAGUAUAGAUGCGAAGGUUUUGUCGUUUUGAAUAAUUACUUGUUCUUUGUUUGA